CAGUACAGUAAAUUCCGCUGUUUUGAUGCGACUAGGUAUCGGUGAGGUAGUCGACGAUUUGUAGCCACCGUAACCAGAAUAUAUACAUAUAUAUAUACUAUUAUUAAUCUAGGUAGCUCGUUGCUGCUUUUCUGAUCGAGUCGCUCUGAAAAAGGCGGCUUGAUCUCGCUAACAAAGGUCGCUUUGUAAUUUAGGUCGGAAGGGAUGCCGCUGCAGACAGACAACGACGGACGCCAGCAGUCUUUGGAUGUAAUCUCAUCGCACUUAAUCGGCAAGAGCAGCUUUUCUAUAAACUUAAAAAGUCUCAGAAUAACUCAUUCUCGACCGAGUGCUUGUGUAAGAUGCUUGAGCUCGAGUGCGAACUAAAAGCUGAUCUGUGAAGUGGAGACAGGACCGUAAUUAUCAGUAAGCUAACUUAGCUACCGUUAGCUGGUCACCCACAGAGCGCGGUUCGGAUAUCUUCGACACCCUGUUAAGCAAAGAGGGGCGAGUAUCUACUGAUACAGUCUACUGCUCGAGUUUUGAACCGGCUCUUUUCCGCCAGUGUCGAAAAUACUCCCUGACUACAAUGAAGCUGUUGGAAAACUCCAGCUUUGAAGCUCUCAGCUCCCGACUGUGUGUGGAAACAGGGGAGUCUCGCAUCCUUGGCAGGAUUGAGAGCUACUCCUGCAAGAUGGCAGGAGACGAUAAACACAUGUUCAAGCAGUUCUGCCAAGAGGGGGAGCCGCAUGUCCUGGAGGCCCUCUCUCCUCCUCAGUCCACCAGUGCCACCAGCCCUUCACAGCUGGGGAAAAGCAGUGAGGAUGGAGAAAACCCUCUGAGCGACAAGUGUUGCAGGAAGACUCUUUUCUACCUCAUCACCACGCUCAAUGAGUCCUUCAGGCCGGACUAUGACUUCAGUGCGGCACGGGCUCACGAGUUCAGCCGAGAGCCCAGCCUCAACUGGGUGGCUAAUGCUGUGAACAGCAGUCUGUUCUCAGCUGUGGGAGAAGAGUUCAACUCUCUGGGGCCCGAGCUGUGGAACGCCAUUGACCAGGAGAUCAACCUGCCGAGCUGUGACAUUUACAGCUACAACCCAGAUCUGGACUCUGACCCUUUUGGUGAAGAGGGGAGCCUCUGGUCGUUCAACUACUUCUUCUACAACAAGAAAUUGAAGAGGAUUGUAUUCUUCACAUGCCGCUCCGUCAGCGUUUUGAGUGGCUAUGGCCGUGGCAGUCUCGACAAUGAGCUGGACAUGGAACUGGAUGAUGAAGAGGAAAUGGAUGGCUUCACUGAGGACAGCUGCCCCAGAGCUCUGUGUGUGUAACCGCCUUGGCCAAAGAGUAUCCAAGCUUUUCCUCAUCCCCUCAUCCUAGCUCCAUCUACCACUUCAUUUGCUGCUUCAUCCAAAGCCAUUUUCAAAGACUAAUGCAUGUUUGAUGCCUUCUCUUGCCGGCGGUAAACUUUGUGCUGUGAGGCGGUGGGCGUUGUGUAGAGAUUCCCAUAUUACCAUCAAGUUCUUUCAUUUCAUUCUCCAGUGUGAGGGUGUUGUGUUUUUUUUUUUUUUUUUUUGGAUCCUGAGCUCUGAGCCCAAACAGCACAUAUUGACUUCUCCACUCCUGCCACAUUUCCAAAGAGACCACUUCAUGGACACUUGAGGAGAAGAAGGUCUUGUUAUGGACAAGUGGCUGAAAAAGAGUAAAAGCAAGUUUAGCUUCUUGCAGAUGUCAGAGUCCAGAAACACCAGCGUCAAUGAAAGCAGACAAAACAUAAAACAGAGCUGGGUUCAUAAAAGUCCAGGCUGCCUAACUGAUCAGCUGAGAGCUCUCCCGUUCCUCGUUUGCUACUGUUGUUGCUUUUUACAUGUGACAGUGACGUUACUGUGAGAACUUUGAAAUCUAAAGAUGUUGCAUUUAUUACUGACUUGUACUCUUAAAUCUCCAUGGCUACGGAAAGUACUCCUGGCAUCCGAGUUGCAGCUUAGAAAACAUAUCAGCUUUUAUCAGUUUCACUGUGUUGUCUAAAUCCACUUAUAUAUUUUUUAAUUGUCCCCAGUUAAUCCCUGUGCAUUCCUGAAUGUGUGUCUUGACAGUGUUUUUCUUUGCCCAUUACCUCAGUGCAAAGGCUUCAUUGAAAAGUGAAUGUAUAGUACAUUUUAGAGGAAAACAAUACUUGGCAGAAAAUUCUUUUUAGAAAUUGAGAAGCUCCUCUUUAUGUUGCUGAAAAGUGCGUAAGAGUUUUGUGUCUUUUAAUGACUGCUCUGUGCUUCAUUUGAUCAGCCAAUAUAUUACAGGUGUGAAUAAACUGGUGUUUAGUUUUG